UACUGACCCGUGACCCUAGUAGAUGACUUCCGGGUUUUACCUGCGCGUUUCUCCAAGGUUGGACUUUGACUUCGUAAACAAGAAUACAAACAACUGACUCGUAAACAACAGUGUCAACGACAACUAUUGCUGUAUGACGUUUGUCAUGAUUUAUUAAACGUUCUGACUAAAGGUAUCACAUUGCAAUUUUGGGGAAUUUGACGUUAUACCCUGGAAUAUGGAGCCCGCGCCCUCGGCACAAGGGCCCGGCGCGACCUCGGGACAAGACUUGGUGCCCCAGGAACGUCGCCAGUUGCAGUUAGAGUUCUCUGAGAUCACAGGAAGCACUCUGGAUCGGGCGAGGUUUUACCUGCUGAAGAAUGGCUGGCGUCUUCAGGAUUCCAUCAACGACUAUUAUGACCCCAGUGAGGAAGAGGUGAUAGAUGUGACACCUGCAGUCCAAGCACCUGUGCCCAGCAGUACCUUGGACACUUCACAGGAUGUACAUACUAGUAGUCGUAUCAGCUCAGAGCGAGAUCUGGACACAGCAGACGGCUCAGAACAGGCCACCGGUACCGGUAAGAACCAGUCUGAACCAGUCACCCCCGGUUUUACCCUGCUGACAUGGAACAUCAAUGGACUCGAUCAGAGGAACAUUCUGGAAAGAACGAAAGCUGUGUGCAACACAAUAAAUAGUCUAUAUCCAGACGUAGUGUUCCUACAAGAAGUCAUUCCUCAGACGUUUGAGUACAUCGAGGCGAAGUGCGACCGUUACAAGGCCAUCGCUUCGGGAACGGAGCAGUACUUCACCGCCAUGCUGCUGAGGAAAAGUAGCAUCACAUUCAUCAGCCAGAACAUUCAGCCCUUUCCAACCACGCGAAUGAUGAGAAAUCUGCUGAUAGUGAAGGCCAUGUUCGGCAGUGUUCUGGUGUGCCUGAAGACCACACUUCUAAUGGCCAGGUUUGGCAGUGUUCCCCUGUGCCUGAUGACCUCGCACCUGGAGAGUACCAAGGACCAUGCAGCCGAGAGGAAACGCCAGCUGCAACAGGUGCUGCAGACCGUCAUGCAGCAGGACCAAACCAACACCGUCAUCGUGGGGGGUGACUUGAACCUCAGGGAUACAGAGGUUGCCGCGGUGGGAGGGUUGCCUGCUGGAACUGUGGACUUCUGGGAAGCCUGUGGCAGCCCACUUCAAUUCAAGUUCACAUGGGACGUCUCCAAAAACGAUAACCUUGACUGGCAGCUAAAGUUCCGCCCCAAAUGUCGGUUCGACCGCGUGUACGUCCGCUCCAGUCGCCCAGAUCAGCUCGCUCCAGAAAGUAUCAAAUUUGUCGGGACGGACAGACUAGAGGGGUGUCGCAGAUUUCCCAGCGACCAUUGGGGCUUGUUGUGCAAGUUUGUGAAACCGUGCGGGAGGCAAGUUCAACAAAAUCUGGAGCAGACAGACGUCAGUGAUAACAAAACAGGAAACAGGGCAAAAAGAGCUAGAACAACUUGAACGUCUGCUUAAAGGCAACAUGUUUGUACAGAACUGUUGUAUAAACUACAGUCUUUGUCAGUAGUUAUGAAACAGGAAGAAAGGAAAAGGGGGGGUUUAACACAACUCAAAAUUCUGUUUAGAUCAACAUGUUUAUAUGAUCAGCAAAAAGUUAUGAAAAGGGAAGAAAGAUUAAAAGGCUUAAAUUAACUUAAAAUUCCACUUUAGAAAAUCAUAUUUGUAACGUUAUAGUUACAUAAACUUUCAUCAUUGCCAGUGCUGAUAAAAGAGAAAGAUAAUGGAAAAGAUUUGAAACAACUCGAUAACUCAAAAUUGCCAUAUGUACAUUAAUAGGGGUCUUUGUCAGAUGGGUUUUAGAGAUUUGUAAUCUAGAAAAGAAGUCUAACUCAAUAGAUGGAAUUGGUGUGACAUCAUGUCAGGAAAAUUGAACAUUAGAGUUGAAGGAGAACAGAUAUGUCUUCUGGUCUACAAAUUGGCAUUAGCUGUAUGCCGUUGUCUUUCACUUUUUAAUAAAACCAAUUACACCAUUAUGUCAAGAAAUUAUUUCCUCAUCAUUGAUACCAGAGCCCAAAUAUUUGUAGAAAGA